CGCACGCCUACGCUCCCUCCCCUCGGGCGCUCGGGGCGCUGACCGGCGCCGCCUCCCGGGAAGAUGGCGCUGCACUUCCAGAGUUUGGCUGAAUUGGAAGCAUUGUGUACUCAUCUCUACAUGGGGACUGAUCUUACACAAAGAAUAGAGGCUGAGAAAGCACUCCUGGAACUUAUUGACAACCCAGAAUGUCUCAGCAAGUGUCAACUUUUAUUAGAACAAGGAACAACAUCCUAUGCUCAACUCCUUGCAGCAACUUGUCUUUCAAAACUUGUUAGCCGAGUCAGUCCUUUGCCAGUUGAACAGAGAAUAGAUAUCAGAAACUACAUUCUUAAUUAUGUGGCAUCACAGCCCAAGCUGGCUCCCUUUGUUAUCCAAGCUUUAAUUCAAGUCAUUGCUAAAAUCACUAAAUCAGGGUGGUUUGAAGUUCAGAAAGACCGAUUUGUUUUCAGAGAAAUUAUUGCUGAUGUGAAGACGUUUCUUCAGGGUGCUAUGGAACACUGCAUAAUAGGAGUAAUAAUCCUUUCAGAAUUGACUCAGGAAAUGAACCUGGUUGAUUAUUCUAGACCUUCAGCAAAACACAGGAAAAUAGCUACCUCAUUUCGUGAUACUUCUCUCAAAGACAUUUUAGUGCUAGCAUGCUCUCUUCUAAAAGAGAUAUUGGGCAAGCCUUUAAACCUUCAGGAUCAGGAUCAACAAAAUCUAGUAAUGCAAGUCUUGAAACUGGUCCUCAACUGCCUUAACUUUGACUUCAUUGGCAGUUCAGCAGAUGAAUCUGCAGAUGAUCCUUGCACAAUACAGAUUCCAACAACUUGGAGAACAAUUUUCCUGGAACCAGAAACAUUGGAUCUUUUCUUUAAUUUGUAUCAUUCACUUCCACCACUCCUAUCUCAGUUAGCACUUUCAUGUUUAGUUCAAUUUGCUUCUACAAGAAGGUCCUUAUUUAGCAGUCCUGAACGUGCCAAGUACCUUGGUAAUUUAAUUAAGGGAGUAAAAAGGAUACUUGAAAACCCUCAGGGUUUGUCUGAUCCAGGUAAUUAUCAUGAAUUUUGUCGAUUUUUGGCUCGUUUAAAGACAAAUUAUCAGCUGGGAGAAUUAGUUAUGGUGAAGGAAUAUCCUGAAGUUAUCAGAUUGAUUGCCAAUUUUACCAUUACUAGUCUACAGCAUUGGGAAUUUGCUCCCAACAGUGUUCAUUAUUUAUUAACCCUGUGGCAAAGGAUGGUAGCAUCCGUUCCUUUUGUGAAAUCAACUGAACCCCACUUAUUAGACACUUACGCACCAGAGAUCACGAAGGCCUUUAUCACUUCUCGCUUGGAAUCUGUUGCUGUAGUUGUGAGAGAUAAUUUAGAUGAUCCACUGGAUGAUACCACCACUGUGUUUCAGCAGUUGGAGCAGUUGUGCACUGUUAGCAGAUGUGAAUAUGAAAAGACAUGCACUCUUCUUGUACAGUUGUUUGAUCAAAAUGCACAGAAUUACCAAAAACUUCUGCGUUCAACUUCUGGAAUAACUGUGGACAUGGCAGUUCAAGAAGGACGUCUUGCCUGGCUGGUAUACUUAGUUGGAACAGUUGUUGGCGGAAGAUUAACAUAUACCAGUACAGAUGAACAUGAUGCUAUGGAUGGAGAAUUAUCCUGUCGAGUUUUUCAGCUUAUAUCUUUAAUGGAUACCGGAUUGCCUCAGUGUUCUAAUGAGAAAAUAGAACUUGCAAUUCUGUGGUUCUUGGAUCAGUUUCGUAAAACAUAUGUUGGUGAUCAACUUCAAAGAACCUCAAAGCACUUUUACAUGAUCAAUGAUGAGGACAAGAAGAGUAAGAAGACAAGCCUUUGA